GAUACCUAUAUUCGAUCCAUCGAAGGAUGGAUUUGGUAAUUGAAAAAUGGAUCGAGCACGUGGACGACUUAGCCACGCAAUACGACUGGGACGACACGGCCGUUAUGCGACUAAAAGGCCGGGUCGCCUAAAAGGCCAUGCACGACAAUGGUACGAUACGCGACCACGACUGGCUAUCACGUGGACGGAAAUGAAAGAAUCCCUUAAACAACAAUUCUGUAAGUCAGUCCCUUUCAGCAAAUUAUUCAAGGAAGCCGCGUUGUACGAAAGUGCACCCGGUCAAGCACUCGGGGAUUAUUGCUUUCAGAAACUGAACAAAAUGCGUAAGUUAGACAUUAUACCCGACAAGUAUCUUAUUGAUGCAGUAAUCGGCGGAAUCACUGACGAGAGUGUAGCUAGAACCGUACGAUCCGCUCAACAUUGCGACGCGAACGCGUUAUACGUUUAUAUGAUGACGUUAGGUAAUCUUUCUUCGAAAGGUGAGAAGAACAAAACCGCGGCGAUGUCUAGUUUUAGAAACGAGCGAAAAAGUCAAUCGUCGGGGCGCGCGAUAAAUCAAUCGCAAGUUAAGGAGGACGAAAACACCAAACCAACAGACGGUAAUACUAAUGCGGUAAAAUGUUUUAAUUGUGGUAAGGAGGGUCAUAUCGCGAAGAAAUGUCGUAUGCCUCGCAUAGAGUGUGAACAGUGUCACCGCUUGGGACACAACGCCGAUAAAUGCGCUUCUAGAAAGGACGUGAAUGCCGUAACGGAACGAAAACGCUCGGCGAAUUUGUAUGAAAGGCCGGUGAUUGUGAACGGGCAUAAAAUCGACGGGCUGUUAGACACGGGAAGUAGCUGUAGCUUACUAAGAAAAUCUGUUGCCGAAAGAUGGAAUAUACCGAUAUCCAUUACACCCGUGCUAAGAGGUUUUGCAGGGCAGGUCGCAACGAGUAAUCAGGCGGCAGCUUGCAAUAUUCGAGUCAUGAACGCGACCGCCCAGGUUGACGCCGUGGUGGUACCGGAUAACCAGCUCGUUUACGACAUCAUAGUCGGCCGCGAUUUCUUAGAACAGGAGCACAUUGUCUCUAUAAAACGGGGAAAUAAGUUAACGCUCGAACAAUUGCCUACACUUGACACGGAACUCGAGGCUAUCGGGGACGUAAACUUUGCAGAAAUUACAAACGACGCGGUGAACAUCAAUGUUGAGAGCGAGGAGGCGAAGCCAGCACCUACUGUGGUCUAUCGUCCAUAUCGUUUAGCAGAGGCUGAGAAGCAAGUCGUAAGAGGGAUUAUCCGGGAACUUUUAACUAAUAACAUUAUCCGGGAAUCAAAUUUGCCAUACGCUAGUCCGAUCUUACUUGUGAAAAAGAAGAACGGUGAAUAUCGUAUGUGCGUGGAUUUUAGGAAGUUGAAUCUAGUCACAAUUAAGGACAAAUAUCCAAUGCCGUUGAUUGAGGAGCAAAUUGAUAAGCUAAGGGGCUAUCGGUAUUUUACCGGGUUAGAUUUAGCUUUAGGGUACUAUCAGGUGCCGGUAGCGGCAGAGUCAAUAGAAAAGACGGCGUUCGUGACACCGGAGGGCCACUACGAGUUUUUGCGUAUGCCAUUCGGACUGGCUAACGCGCCAGCAGUAUUUCAACGCUUGAUGGACAACGUAUUAGGCGAUUUAAAGGUUGCGUUCCCUUAUUUGGAUGACAUUAUUAUACCGUCAAAGACUAUAGCGGAGGGCAUGGUACGAUUACGACAGGUAUUGGAUGCGUUGCGUAGACAUCACUUGACUUUAAAGCUAGAGAAGUGUUUUUUCUUCACGAGGUCCAUAGAAUAUCUAGGGCGAGAAAUUAGCGAACACGGGGUUCGACCUGGACGACGUAAAAUCGAGGCCGUGUUAGAUAUGGAAGCGCCGAAGUCGGUAAAACAGGUACGCCAGUUUUUAGGGUUGGCCGGCUAUUUUAGGAGGUUCGUCGAAAAUUUUGCAACGAUCGUUGAGCCUCUGACAAGACUAACUAAGAAGAAUUCGCAUUGGGAGUGGAAAAACGAACAUGAACGAGCAUUUGAUACGAUCAAAACUAAAUUGACUACACGACCGGUGUUGGCGAUAUUUAACCCGGAGAUCCCUGCAGAAGUACAUACUGACGCGAGCGCGAUUGGUAUAGGAGCUAUUCUGUUGCAGCGAGUCGAUGGUGGGAUGGCGGUGGUAGCAUACUAUAGUCGGCACACUACUGUUGACCAGCGUUGCUAUCACUCCUACGAAUUGGAAACGAUGGCCGUUGUAUUUGCCAUGCGACACUUCCGAGUUUACCUUUUGGGCACAAAGUUUAAAGUCGUAACCGACUGCAACGCCUUACGUACGACUUUCGCCAAGCGGGACCUACUUCCACGAAUUGGCCGAUGGUGGUUGGAGGUACAAGAGUACACCUUCGAGAUCGAGCAUCGUGCCGGGACUAGGAUGGCGCACGUGGAUGCACUUAGUCGCAACCCGAUUCAAGUAUCAUUAGAAGUAUUGCAGGUCGACAUAACCGAGGGUGAUUGGGUACUGGCGGCCCAGCUACAGGACGAUCAGAUAUCACGUAUACGGACGAUCUUGUUGGACAAGAAGAGAACGAACGAGACCAAGCAUUACUUCAAGGAAUAUCUCCUCAAGGACGAUAAGGUAUACAGGCGGUUGGACGACCAUACUCAGGCAUGGGUAGUGCCGCGAGAUGCACGGAUGCAAAUCUGCCGGUUGUGCCACGAUGACGCUGGACACCUUGGCGUAGAAAAGACGCUAGAACGUGUUAAGCGUAACUACUGGUUCGCAGUUCCUAGCAGAAUCAUCAGCGAUAGAGGAACAACAUUCACGUCCCAGACGUUUCGCACAUUUUGCAAUACCUACGGAAUAAGACACGUGCUGAACGCUGUGGCCACACCACGAGCCAACGGUCAGUGCGAGCGGUACAAUAAGACGAUUGUACAAGCCCUGGCGACUACCACAGCCGGACAUGAUCCGCGUGAUUGGGAUUUGGCCGUCAAGAAGAUCCAGAGUGCCUUGAACACAACUUACAACAAGGGCAUAAAUACGACGCCAACGAAAGCGCUCAUUGGCUGUGAGACUCGAAGCGCCGCUGAAGCGCCGCUGCUAUCACAAAUACAGGACGUGGUGCAUCGGUUGGACUUUAACGAGUUACGCGACGACAUUAAGGCGCAUACCAGCAAGGAACAACGCGCGCAAAAGGAGCGCUACGACCGGACGCGCCGGGAUGCAACAAAAUACGACGAGGGUACCCUGGUUUUGGUACAAAUCACGAGCGAACCAGCCACGGGCACUAGCCGAAAACUAUAUCCAAAGUUUAAGGGCCCGUUCCGAGUUCGCAAGGUACUGAUUAACGAUCGUUAUGAGGUAGAAGAUUUACGCGAGGGACACAGGCGGAAACGAACGGUCGCAGCAGCAGACCGGAUGAAACCGUGGAUCACGGUUCAGGACGAGUGA